ACAUGAAAUAAUUAGAGGCUUAUCACAAUUUGUCACACACUGAAAUAAAAGGAGACACCCGGGAACCUACAAGAUGUCAGCGCCCGUGGAGAGAGCAGGGCUUUCAGGCCCGAGAAUGCAACGCUUUGUCUGUGUGGAAUGUGGAAUGCCAGCUGUGGAGCUUUAUAGAGAUUUUAAAAGAGGGGUAAUGAAAAUAUCUCACUGUGAUCAUUGUACCAAAGUGGUGGACAAAUAUGUUGAAUAUGACUCAACCAUAGUUUUCCUAGAUAUGUUGCUCCUUAAAACUCAAGCCUAUAGACAUGUUCUUCUAAAUGCAGAUUCCAAGAAUCAUUGGAAAUUUGCUGUUUUGUUCCUCUUAACUGAUGCAUAUACAAAAUGGACUUUCCUGCGUAUUCAUGGUGUUUCUAUGCAAGACAAGCAUAGCGAUACAGUACUGUAUGCUGCAUUAGAGUUGAACUUUCAUAAAGCUCUAAUUAUGUCAUGUUUUGAAGCACUAAUCUUCUACAUGACGGUCUAUAUAUGCUUGAAAAUCCUUAUUAGUUCUCUGUGGAGAGAUAGGAGAACAUGCAUACCACGGUUAAACCUGAUAUUGGGAGGGAUUUUAUUGUCCAAUUUUGGGAAACUGCUGGUAAUUCCUGCAACAAUUUGGGGUCAAGCUGAUAAUCCAACAUAUAUCCUUGUGAUUAGGAUAUUUCUCAUUGCUUCCAAUGUGCAAGCUUGUAAAGGUAAGAACCAAAGGCGAACAUAUAUUGGUCUGCUGGCUUAUUUCUCAUAA